AUGGUGCCUAGGUCCGCCGCAUCGCCGACUUUAUCGUCGACGCCCUCCUCGACCACCUCCCACCCGCAUUACCUCAUAUACGACGAGGAUGGGACCACGGCGGACCAGAAAUUAGAAGAGGAACGAACGGCUGCUAAUCUCGAGAGUGCCGCGGCCCUUCAAAACGAACAAAUCGUUUCGAGUACAGCUGGGAUCGGUGUCGGCGUUGGCAUUGGUGGAUCAACCAAUGCCCCGACGGCUGCCGCUACGGGAUUGGCCGGAUAUUGGCAACACGCGACCACUGCUACCAGUUAUUGGCCAUCCCUAUUCGACUGUUGGACCACACCACCUAUUUCUUCCAGUUCUCAGAGCCUUUCUCUGCCUCGUGACGAUAAUUGAAUCAUUUCAUUCGCCUCAGACUAUAUCAACACCGAAUUUAAGAUUCACCUAAUGUGACUCUCCUAAACCUUUUAUAUAAUUACUUGCAUCUAUAUUUUAUUUAUCUUCUCUUCCAAAUAUUUUUCGUGCCAGAAUUGUAUCAGUGAUUUAUUAAUGUUAUUAUACCUUUUAAGGGAAUUUUUAGGGAAAAGGGUGCGUGCAAUAUUCCACUUCCGAGUGUUAACUUUUUCCUUGUUGUUUCUUUUUUCCUUCUAGUUUCUUUCCUUUUUUUUUUAUUUUUAUUUCUAUACACUUUUGAUUAGAAACAAAAAAUACGGUGAUUGACGGAAGGGUGAAUCAGUGAGACUUUAUUACUCGUCGUAGUUCCUCGUUAAUCGUUAACAACGAUCUCAUCGUGUGACAAAUGAAAUAAAAUUCUGUACAGAUAAUCUUUUGUGUUCGUGAUAUAUCAUACGACGAGACGAUUUGUCAAUCUCCUCGUCUGCAAAAUUAACUCUCACGUGAUUUAGUCGAUCAGGGGGUUACCUUGCAUGAAAAAGGAAAAAAAUCAAAAGCAAACAAACAAACAAACAAAAAGAAAGAAAUGGGAAAAAGUUGGAAAUACUCUUGAAGCGACUUUAUCGAUCGAAUAAAAUCAAUGUGUUGGUGUAUAUCGUGACGGAUAACGAGGAUCAUUCUAAUAAGACGAGCUUACACCCUAACUCAUUAUUCUUUGUAGAUAUAUGUAUAGUAGAACGCUGACUUCAAACGCAAAAGCCUAAAUGUAUACUAAAUUCGUGUAUAUCGUAAAUAAGACGACUAAGGAUUAGGAACAAAAAUUCUAUGACACGAUGAAAAUUGAAUUAAAUACGAUUAUUAAAUUAUAAUCAAAAAUGAUCAAAGAAAAAUGGAAAUAACA